GACGUCAGCAAGGAGAGAGAGAGAGAGAGAGAGAGAGAGAGUGAGGGAGGGAGAGCGAGAGAGAGCUAGAGGGAGGGAGGGAAAGAAGGGAGGGGGAGGAGGAGGAGGAGAGAGAAGGAGGGAGGCAGGCAGCGAGCGAGUGAGGGGAUCAGUAGCAGAGGAGCAGAAGGCUGAGACAGGAAGACAGACAGACGCAGCCCACCUUCCUCACCGGAGCAAAGGAGAGACUGGCUUUCAUUGUCGGGAGAGCCCCAAUGCCUGGUCCUACCCAAACCUUGUCCCCCAAUGGAGAGAAUAACAACGACAUCAUCCAGGAUAACGGGACGAUCAUCCCUUUCAGGAAGCACACGGUGCGCGGGGAGCGCUCUUACAGUUGGGGAAUGGCGGUCAAUGUGUAUUCUACCUCGAUAACCCAAGAGACUAUGAGCAGACAUGACAUCAUUGCAUGGGUGAAUGACAUAGUGUCUUUAAACUACACAAAAGUGGAACAGCUUUGUUCAGGAGCGGCCUAUUGCCAGUUCAUGGAUAUGCUCUUCCCAGGCUGCAUUAGUUUGAAGAAAGUAAAAUUUCAAGCAAAGUUGGAGCAUGAAUAUAUUCACAACUUUAAACUUCUACAAGCAUCAUUUAAAAGAAUGAAUGUUGAUAAGGUCAUUCCGGUGGAGAAGCUAGUGAAAGGGCGCUUUCAGGACAACUUGGAUUUCAUCCAGUGGUUUAAGAAGUUCUAUGAUGCAAACUAUGAUGGCAAGGAGUAUGACCCUGUGGAGGCUCGGCAAGGCCAGGAUGCAAUUCCCCCACCCGACCCUGGUGAACAGAUCUUCAACUUACCCAAGAAAUCUCACCAUGCAAACUCACCUACAGCAGGUGCUGCUAAAUCUAGUCCGGCUUCUAAACCAGGAUCUACCCCUUCUCGUCCCUCAUCAGCGAAAAGGACCCCCUCUAGCAGCGGCUCAGCAUCUAAAUCUGAGAAAGACUUAGAAACCCAGGUCAUACAGCUCAACGAACAGGUACACUCAUUAAAACUUGCACUUGAAGGCGUGGAGAAGGAAAGAGAUUUCUACUUUGGAAAGUUGAGAGAGAUCGAGCUGCUCUGCCAAGAACAUGGGCAGGAAAAUGACGAUCUUGUGCAAAGACUAAUGGAGGUCCUAUAUGCUUCAGAAGAACAUGAGAGUCACACAGAGGAGCAAGAAGCAGAAGAGCGAGUUCAUGAGCAGCCUCAGCAGCAGGAAGAAUACUGACCCAUCUUCGCAUCUCUUGACACUUUUCAUUUUGUUGUGGGAACUUUUCUUCUGGAGAAUUGGAACAUGUGUGGCCUCAAACACGAAAGAAACCCUCUGCUCUCCAUCCGCCAUUACCACGGACGUACUGCAGUGAGUGCCAGCCAAACCACUGCAAUCUCUGCUCGUUACUUUGCCAAGUCGCAUUAGCAAAAGUCUGCUCUCUGGCUGUCCACCUGAGAGAUUGUAGGGUCACAUUCUUUCAAGUUCACCACUUGGCUGCUUGAGAUGGGUUCUGUCCUUUUCUUUCAAAAAGAAUCCCCCCUCCCCCCAGCUUUUGUCUUAGUAUGAUACCGUUGUAAUUUGAUCUAUGGUAUUUAUAUUGGCAUCUUACAACAAAAUGUUACUAGAUGUCACACACAUUUGUGGUGCUUUGAUGUUUGCAAGUCUGUCUGCCUUUGAGCAUAAAUUUGGUCAAAUGAUGAAUUGGAACAAAGGGAAAAGAAGUACUUGAGAGUGAAGCCAUAAUGAUAACGGCAUAUUUUCCUGGGUGAGGGACGGGAAGGCUUGUGCCACUACAAAUCACAUUAUCUCUCUAUUCACAAAACUAAAGACAAAAUAAUGGUUUCAAAGGACUAAAAGUCCCUUCAGUGUUUUACACAUCAGCAUGUUAGACAACCACACAGUAUGUUGUUAUUUUUGGAAGAUCUGAAUCCACUUGAGAGGGAAAAAAAAAAGAAACAUCUCAAUUUUCCUUGUUUUUCUCCCCUCUUCCCCUUCCCACCUCCUUACCCUGCCACCAGAGGUUUUCAUGAUCUUUUCUUUCUCAGGGUCCUAUUUGGUGGAUAAAUAGAUAGAUAGAUAGAUAGAUAUACAUACAUACAUAAAUACAUACAUACUCCCCAAGAUGCUGCUGCUCAGUAUCUUCAGACCAAAAGGGUUCUGGGUAUGUAGGUCAGUCAGAGAGUGACCCUACUGCCUUCUGCCCCCUCCCUCCCUUUCCUUAUUGGUACCCAAGGUGAAAGAUAGUAUGGAUUUCCAUGUCCCUCUUCCAACAUUCAACCUAGAGGAAGAGAGAGGACUGGCUAAGGUCCGUUGGCUGCCAGCUGGCUCCAGAACCAAUGGUAAUUCUUGAAGGGGAGUAAGUUCUUCUAAAAGAGUUACAAUAAGAAAUGGGUCGCAGCUAGCUGUCUGUCAAGGUUCUGUGCCUGCCAUGACAAGAAAUUUCACCUGAAAUUGAAGUGACACUCUGAUUAGUGGAAGCACAACCUCUAAAGCCCCUUCCAGCUCUAAAUCUAUGAUCCUCCAACCUCCAAGGGAGACAUUUCUGCAGUCUGGUAUAGACUGUGCUGCCUAAGAUGCUGCAGUCGUAUGGCAGAAAGAUCCGUGACUCCCAAUACCAUUUGGAAUACGGGAUUUUUCCUCUUCCUAGGCCCCUUCUUGUUGUUGACCUUUGCUAAACAGUGACAAUUUAUAAACAAAGAUAGUAAAUAUUAAUGUAUUAAAAGCAUUCCUUAUUUUUUAACUAAAAUUUGCACAUUUUAUUAGUCUCUUUCCGACUCCUCAUCGCCUUUUUUUUUUUUCCAUUUGCAGUUGGUGUUCCUUCUUGGUUCAUUUUGCUUGGUUUCCAAUUUUUGAUUUAUUUUCACUGGUUAUUUGAUUUAGCAGGUGCAACAAAAGCAAGAAACAAGUGCCCCUUCUCCCCACCCCCAUACUCCCCACUUAACUAAACAGCUAAAAUAAACUUCUGAAUGAUCUAUUUUAAAGUUUUGAAUUUAUUUACUGAUUGAUUCAACUCCAAUUCUAAAUUCUCACUAGAGCGGAAGGUUUUUACUAAUAAAAAUCUUCUGCUCCAAAUAAGUCUUUUGCAGCAAAGUGGUGUUUAUUGAGUUAAAUGUCCAGAAAGAUGCUUGUAUUUUGAGGUUUUGCUCUAUAUCCAGUAUAUACAAUUCACUGUGGAAAAAAAAUAGAAAUUCUAUGGGUUUUGUCUCCCUUUCUUCUCUCUAUUGCUUUCUCUAUACAGCAGACAGCUUAGUAGCUCACCCCUUUGAGGCUAGAUAGGUUUUCUAGCCUGGCUCUCAACAUUGACAUCUCUCCCACCUGGUAACAAGUCGUGGUAAUGCUAUAAGUCUCCCACCUAACUUUAUUUGCUGCAUUUCUAAAGCUUUGUUCAGUCACUGCCUUGCUGUGCAAGUGCACAAGGAAAUAUGUGAAAGGAAAUUUUCUUCCAAGAGACACAAUAAACAAUGUUAUGGUACUGGAUAGACAGGCAAAUGGACAGCCUUCUUUUUUUGUCCUCACAAACCACAACUCUUAGUGGAAGCUAUGAGCAUGAGUUCCUGAUGUCAGCAGCAACACCGAUGCCAGGGCAAUUGUUCCUCCAGGUCCCAUCCCCUUUCUAGGGAACAGCUAGGUUUCGAAGUCUCUCUUCCAGAACCCGUUAUAUGAUUCGCUGAAUAAUUUCCAUAAGCUUCAUUGAUGACAAUCCCCGAGAACACCCCAUUCCUGCCAUCUUCUCAGCUGAAAAAUGUGGGUCAGAUACACCUUCCUGUCCUGUAAAGCAGAUUUACUUGCUCCAUCGACCAUAUUUGAUUAAUCUUUCCUAGAUUCCCACAACUUUGAUUAUUAGAUCAAAUUAUUCUCCAUUCUUUUAGAAAAGAACUAGAAAAUUUUCCUCUUUCAUGUUUCUUAACCACACUAAAUUAGGCUUCAUCCGGGUGAAGCAGGCCCUUCAUAGGUUGUUGACAUUUUCACAUCAUUUCUCUCUCAGUUCAUCCCUUUCCGCAGGAGCUAUCUGAACUAUCUAUGGAGGAAAGAGAGUCGGGUCCCUUUGCAGAUCCUUUCUCAUUAAGUGGUGAAAGCUGUGUUUCUCACCUCAAGCAUCCUACGAUAUGUCUUCCUCCUUAGACCGCUGAUGGCAAUGACUGACCCCACUGCGCUAAGCAGCACCCCCUUGAUGAAGACCUUUCCUUCUCCCAUUCACAUAAAUUCAUUCCCUGUCCACCCCGCACAUCCACCUAUCAAGCCGAUUAUAGCACUUUCACCGCUUAGGUCAGGCAGGAAGUAUUGACGUAGAGGGCAAGGGGAAAACCCAGUCUCUUUCUAAGCAGAAACAAACAAAAACACCCCAGGUGACCCGAGAGAAGUAAACUCCAGCAGGGAAAUGAGGCCUCCUCUUCCCUCCCUGGUGAGUAUUCCUGUUAUUCCGUUAUGGUUUAAUAUGCAUUCGUAAUUACUUUUAAUAAAUAGUAUACCAUAAAGCUUUUGUUAUAGAUUAAAUGUAAACUGAAAGGAAUGUAAACAUAUGUAUUGUUAAUUAUAAAUAGAUAAGUAAUGGCAUAAUAGAUGAAAAAGGCUUAUUCAGAUGUAUCACACUCAUUUUCCUUUACCCACCAACUGUCGCAUGGUAGAGUAGAUUUUUUUGUCUCUGAAUAUGUGAAUAACUUGACUUGCGUUUAUCUUUUUACAUAUUUAAUAAAAAAAAGUUUAUGUUAAAAUCUUCA